GCGUCCACAAUGCAGCACCAACUCCCCGCGGGAUUCCAUGCCACUGCAUACGCGCCGACGUAUGGCGCGCCACAGGUGGGAUAUGGCCAGCCCAUGCAGCCCAAUGCACCUAUAUACGGCAGCUAUCCCAGUCAGCAGCCAGCGAUGAUUCCGUAUAUCCCACCUGUCGAAAGCAAGACCGAGCGGCGGUAUCGCAACAGCAGCGCCACUGAGGGCGACUCUACGAGCUCCGUUUACGGCGGCUCCACUACACGCGACUCGUACGAAGAUUGGACGGAUGACAGCGACGACGACGAAGAGACGAUUCUCUACGGUGGGCCUCGGCCACGUCAUCACCGCCGCGCACGUGUCCUCGCGCCUGACCGCGGAAACGCCCGGACUCCAGCGCCGAUCGCACGGCCGAAGACGCCGAUGAUCGCGCGGAUGCGGACACCCGUGCCUGCGCCGCGGCAUGCGAAACGUGUGGCCGACUGGGUCAUUGAUGCGCAGGCGCAGGUGGACAGUCACGACUAUUCACGGCCAUCGUCCCGCUCAGGCAAGCACCAUUCGAGCUCGCAUUCGCACGGCCAUUCGCACUCGUCCCACUCACACUCGCAUUCGAAGCACGGCAGCCAUCAUCAUCACGACGACAAGCAUUCUUCGUCCAAGGACAAGCACCACGAGAGCGAGAAAAAGCAUGGCAAGUCCAGCAGCCAUCACAGCAGCUCGAGCCACAGCAAGUUGAAGAAGGACGACAAGUCGCACAGCUCUAGCACGAGCGCCAAAACGGUGUGGGUCCCCCGGCCAAGCACAAGUGCGCAUGUCAGCCGUAGCCUACCAGGGUAUACGCCCCAGUCCGCGCACGUGCAGGUCAGCUACCUCAACCAACCUGUUGCGGCCCCGCAGAUGCAGCACUCGAUGUCGAUGCCGAUCUACCAACAGCCCAUUUAUACCCAAGGCCAGCUAUACCAGCAGCCGCAGGCGUACCAGCAAGUGCAGGCGUAUCCGCAGCAACAGCAACAGGUAGCAUUUGCGCCAGAGCCCCCCGCCUACACAACCGUUGCGCGGUAUUCUGAAGAACAAGACUAA